GUCUCCUUGUGGCCUGUCCAGUUGGAGGCUCUCGAAUUGAAGUCGUCGUGUAUCAGUCUCGCCCAGGAAGACUUCGGGGCAUCUCUGGGUCGUCUAGUUUCCUCCCUACCUCGCUUGAAGAGUCUAUCGUUCAACUGGGCAUUCGUCUUCCCCGGUAAAGGCAACAUUGACUCGGCGGUGGAGGCCUUGACUACUAUGCACACCGUCAAGGACUUGCGUGUGGAUUACCACAGCGGCGCAUCUCGCUUGGGUGAAUUUAUAAAGAAGUUCCCGUGCCUUGAAGCUCUUGAGCUCACGGGCCCGUUAGAGCGGUUGGUGCUUGAGCCGAGUCUCAAUGACGAGGAGAGGUAG